AUGGCGUCCACCACAUCUAGACACCAUCGCAGCAAUAUAAAGGACCGUCACGGUUUCUUCCACUUGUGUGGGUCUCCCAUUCGCACACACACGAAAGGACUUGACUACAUCCACAAUAAGCCGCAGUCUUCUACUCAAGUGCGACCUGUAGAGCUACCAACGGACGUCAACACACCGCUAAUGCAGCGGCGUCUUGGCAACAAGAGCAUCAAGCAAAAGCAGCGUCAGGAGGAGGCGGACGCUACCAUGGUGACGCUUGCUAGACAACUUGGCCACGAAGGCGGUGCCUUCUAUUACGACAGCUUUUGCGGCGUGGAAAGAAGCUCUACGCACAUCGACAGCGACGCUCCCAUGUCCUGCAUGGCCGACGAAGGCAGCAACAACUCGUUGAGACUUGACGGUGCACGACAGGCUGGUAUCCCACUCUAUCUGUCGAACUGGUUUGACCCGAACAAUGACUUGAACCAACGUCAUCGACAGACAAACGUCGUCAUGACACGAGAGGAACCCGAGUCUGAAUUGGUGGCCAGUGACAAAAUGAUGUCCGAUAACAAAGAGGAGUGUUUUCUCAAGCCGUAUCAGAACGUUGACAUGGCCAACGUGAUCAUUGGCCGUGUAAUUGGUGAAGGAGCUUUUGGCAAGGUGUUUAAAGCUUCGUGGAAGGGUCAGAAUGUGGCUGUGAAGGUGCUUAUUCGAAAAAACUUGAGUGCUGACGUCGUGCGGGAGUUUGAGACGGAAGUAAAAAUCAUGAGCUUCCUACACCACCCAAAUAUCUGUAUGCUACUUGGGGCGUGUCUUGCCCCCGAGAACCGAGCUUUAGUGAUCGAGCUCGUGGAACAAGGCUCGCUCUGGGCAGUACUACGUACACAACGACAACAGAUUACAGAUGAGAUGCGUGCUCGAUUUGUAUAUGAUACUGCGCGCGGCAUGAGCUACUUGCACCACUUCGAGCUGCCAAUCCUGCAUCGGGACAUGAAAAGUCCCAAUCUGCUCGUCGAGCGCGAUUAUUCGAUCAAGAUCUCGGACUUUGGCCUUUCACGCGUCAAGGCACAGAUCCAGACCAUGACAGGCAACUGUGGCACUGUGCAAUGGAUGGCACCAGAAGUGUUAGGCAACCGGAAGUACACUGAGAAGGCAGACGUUUUCUCGUUUGGCAUCGUGGUGUGGGAAAUCUUCACGGGCCAGUGCCCGUACGACGGCAUGACGCAAAUUCAGGUGGCGCUGGGUGUGCUCAACCACGACCUGCGUCCACCGAUCCCUCGCUCGUGCCCGCGCUUUUUUGCACGGCUGAUCCGGUCGUGCUGGAUACGCGAACCGAGUUUGCGUCCGUCCUUUUCGGACCUCAUGCGCACCUUUGAACACUACGUCGCGCAUUAA